AUGAGGAUGGGGUUUCAUUACAAAAAAAAAGAAUAUAAGUUCCUUAGUUCCAAAUCUGGUUCCGGACAAUUUACAGCCGGAACACUUAAAAAUCCUAAUGCGAAAGAGGAGUCACUGAUUCAGCUACAGAAGAAUUGCUUACGAAAACAAAUUGAAGCAGCCGAAGCUCAAAUUUCUUGUGCUCGAGCUGAACAGUCUUCGGCGGCAGCUGAAGAACGAGCCGCGAUUUCAUUAGUGAAGUUUGCCGAAGCUGGUGAGCAGUCAGUCAACCAUAUAAUUGAGCGUGACAUGUUACAGUAA